AUGAAGAUUAAUGUACUUAUUUUUUUCCUUAACAACACCAAAGUCAUAUUUCAAAACACAAAACAGGUUUUUGAAAAAGUUAACAAUUAUACUUUCAAAAUAGAUUCAAAUUGGGUGAUACAAUAUAGUUCAUUCAAAACAAGUUACAAUAAAAAGGAUAUCACAUGUGGCUCAACAUUACAACCAAAUUGUUUGGAGUGUGUUAGUUACAACGGAAACGAUUGUUACCAAUGUGAAGAUGGUUAUCAAGUUUCAAGUUGUGAUGGUGGUUCUAUUGUAAAAUGUUUUCUUCAAAAUAACACUAACUGUCUACCAGUUUGUGGAGAUAGUGGACUUUUAUCAUGGAACAAAAACAGUCAAUGUAUUUCGACAAAUUGUCUUUUAUACAAUAGCACAGGGUUUUGUACUUCGUGUAAACUAAAUUAUUUACUUUAUGAUGGACUGUGUUAUCCAAAAGCUACAAAUUGUGCGACUUAUCAUAUAAAUCAAUAUUGGUGCAAUACAUGUAAUUCGGGAUAUUUUCCAUAUUAUUACAAUUGUGUUCCAUGUGGAUAUAUGGAAGGGUGCACAAGUUGCAAUCUAAAUUCAUUGAAAUGGUGCGAUUCGUGUAUUGAUGGGUAUUACCUCACAACUGAAGGAUAUUAUCGAAUUUGUAAAAAAUGUCCUCUUGGUUGUUCGACUUGUUUUCUAGAAAACGAUGAAAUUAAAUGUUCAGGUUGUGACGAUGGUUAUUAUUAUGAAAACGCACAAUGUAUAUCAUGUGGUGCUGGAUGUAAACAGUGUAUUGGUGGACAAAGUGGCAAAAAUAAAUGUAAUAUAUGUUUUGACCAUUACUAUAAUAACAACAGUCAAGGUUGCACAGUAUGUGAUUCAACAUGUGGCAACUGCAAUAGUGGAACGGGGAUAUGCACCACGUGUGCUUCUGGAUAUGUUUUGAAACCCACAUCAAGCACAAAGUGUGAAUUGUGCAAUAAUUAUGACAGUAAUUGUGAAAUUUGCCUUGAACCAAACAGGCGGUGUUUUCAAUGUGUUUCUGGAAUGUAUCCAAAUAACGACAAACAGUGUGUGAAUUGUGAUUUGUCGUGUAGUGUGUGUUCUAAAACAACUGGGAUAUGUUUUGUGUGUGCAAAUGGAUUUACAAAACCCUCAUCAGACACCCAAACUUGUGACAGUUGCUCAACUGCCUUUCCCAAUUGUGUUUUGUGUUCACAAACGCUCAGACAAUGCCAAACAUGUUCAAUUGGAUUGUAUCCACUUCAUACAUCGCCAUAUACAUGUCAGCAGUGUCAUUCAAGUUGUGCAAAUAGAUGUAAUUCAUCAAAUGGAUAUUGCGAAACAUGUGUGAGUGGAUAUGUCCCACAACUCAACCAACCAUCUUUAGCAUGUGAAUUAUGUUCUUCUUUUGAUAACAACUGCCAAACUUGUGCAACUGAUGGUACACGAAGUUGCACUUUGUGUAAAAGCACGUUUUAUAUUUCUGAUCACAAAAAGUGUUCAAAAUGUGAUGCGUCUUGUGAUUACAAAUGUGAUGGAAAUACUGGAUAUUGUACUUCGUGUGCAUCAAAUUUUGUUUAUAUCAAUGCAACUUCGAGAAAAUGCCAAAAAUGUGGUGAUUUUGAUGCAAAUUGUGUGAAAUGUGCUGAUUUUAGUGGUAAAUGUGCAGUUUGCAACACGGGUUUUUAUCCAAACGACAAUGGGAAGUGUGUUUCAUGUGGGACAAAUUGCACAUCAUGUAAUUCAGCAACCAGCAUUUGCACCUCAUGUGCAUCAGAAAACGUGUUUGAAGACCCCCCAUCAAGAGUGUGUGUGUUUUGUAAAACGUUUGAUAACAAAUGUGAAACGUGUCAAAAUGGUGGAAAUAGAAGUUGUGUGACAUGUACAGCGGGGUAUUAUCCGGGUUCAUUAGGACAGUGUAUUGCGUGCGAUGCAACUUGUCUAACAAACACGUGUAAUACAAAAAAUGGGUUGUGUACAAAAUGUGUUCAAAACUACGUUGUGACAUCUCCAACUUCUAAAACAUGUCAAAAAUGUUCAGAUUUAGAUUCAAAAUGCAAAACAUGUGCAACUGAUUUUACAAGAAGUUGUGUAGAGUGCAACACCAAUUAUCAUCCAGUCAAUGGAAAAUGUGUUGCUUGUGAUUCGUCAUGUGGAGGGAGUUGUAAUGGUGUGACUGGAUACUGCACCGGUUGUGCAUCAAAUUAUGUACCAUCAUUACUCGAUCCUUCCAAAUGUGAGCCGUGCUCAACUUUUGAUGAAAAUUGCAGCACUUGUAUUGUAACAAAACGACAGUGUUUAACAUGUAAAACGACUAAAUAUCCCGAUGAGACAACCGGAAUGUGUAAAAACUGCAGUUGGACGUGUGACAACAGCUGUGAUCCAUCAUCAGGAAUAUGCGCAAGUUGUGUUUCAAAUUAUGUUUUUGAGAAUCCGAAAUCGAAAGAAUGUGUUUCCUGUAAAACAUUUGACGCAAAUUGCGUUACAUGUUCGUCAGACAAACAACGAAGUUGUACCAUUUGUGAGAGUAAUUAUUACCCAAUACAGGGGAUUUGUGUACCAUGUGACUACGGGUGCACCACUUGUAGUUCCACAACGGGAAAAUGUUCGGCGUGUCAACCAAACUUUGUGCCUUCAACUGUGAAUAACACGGCAUGUGUUCCAUGUGCAGAUUUUGAUAAGAAUUGCAAAACAUGCACAAUAUUGUUUGCGCGAUACUGCAAUGAGUGCAGUGACAAUUUCAAGCCUUCAGUUGAUGGGGUUUGUGUGAGUUGUGAUGCUACUUGCAACAACAACUGUGAUCCAAUGUAUGGGACUUGUACAUUGUGUUUAUCGAAUUACGUUGUCACAUCUCCAUUAUCACAAAAAUGUGAUAAUUGCAGUGUUUUUGAUCAAUAUUGUGAUGAGUGUGCGUCAGAUUUUUCAAGAAAGUGUGUGACGUGUCGAAACGGCAAAUAUCCAAAAUACGGUGUUAAUUGCGCCAAUUGCGAUUCAACCUGUGGAAAUCAGUGUGAUGGCAAAGAUGGUCAUUGCACUGGGUGUGUUACCAAUUACAUGUUGUCUACAACAAACAGUUUACAAUGUGAGAGUUGUGAGUCUUUCGAUCCAAAUUGUCAAACUUGUUCACCAGACUUUACAAGAAAAUGUGUGAUAUGUGUUUCUGGUUAUUUUGUGUUUGAAAACAGAUGUAAAAAAUGUGAUGACACGUGCAACAAUCAGUGUGAUAGCUCUACUGGAUUUUGCACUGGAUGUCAGAACAACAUGGUCUUUGGUGAUACCAACAAAAGCAUUUGUGUUGAUUGUACUGAAUUUGAUUCAAAUUGCUUUAUCUGCGACUCGUCUUUCAAUAGAGGUUGCAACACUUGUACAAACAGAACCUAUGUUGAUACUACAACUAAAAAAUGUAUACCAUGUAGUAGUGAAUGUAAUCUGUGUAAUGGGCAAACAGGAGCAUGCACCAAUUGUUGGACCAAUUAUGUAACAAAUUUAACAUUAAAUGGCUGUGAAAGCUGUGAUUCCUUUGAUUCCAAUUGUAAAUUCUGUGCUCAGAAUGAGACACGAAAUUGCAUUCAAUGUAACGACAAUUAUUACCCUGUGUUAACAAGCGGAGAAAUGAAAUGUGGUUUGUGUGACUUGACGUGUGGAGGGAAGUGUGAUUCAACAGAUGGUCAUUGCACGGGGUGUCAAAACAACUAUGUUUUGUAUGAAACAAACGAUUUGAAGUGCCAAAAAUGCUCUGAUUUUGAUAGCAACUGUUUCACGUGCAACUCCAAUUAUGAAAGAAAGUGUACCACAUGCAACACGGGGUAUUAUCCAAACGCAGACGGGAAAUGCAUACCAUGUGAAGCAUCGUGUGCACCAAACACGUGUAACACGUCAAAUGGCAAUUGUGACAAAUGCACCGAAAACAAAGUCAUCACAAAUCCAAUUUCAAAUGUUUGUGUUGAUUGCACUGCUUUUGAUUCGAGGUGUGUGACGUGUUCACCAUUAUUUGAACGAAAGUGUAUAAAAUGUGUUGCUGGUAGUUACCCACAAACAGCUGGCGAUUUCAAAUGUAAAUAUUGUGAUGUAACAUGUGGAGGAAAGUGUGACACGACAAAUGGACAUUGUACUGGGUGUAACGAAUCGUAUGUUCCAACAACAUCAGAUCAGUUUAAGUGUGAAAGUUGCCAAACAUUCGACUUUAAUUGUGCGACUUGUGUUUCUGAUAAAAGAGAGUGUGCUGUUUGCAAAACAGGGAAAUACCCAAAUGAUUCUUCUAAAGUAUGCCAAGACUGUGACUCGACAUGUAACGGAGAUUGUAACAUGGCAAACGGUAUUUGUGAUAUGUGUUCAUACAAUUACGUUUUCAAUGAACCAAAAGGAAGAAGUUGUGUGCCAUGUGCUACAUUUGACAGUCGUUGUGUGACUUGUGCUUCGGAUUAUUCAAGAAAGUGUGUAAAGUGUUCAAAUGGGUAUUACCCCGACUCAAAUGGAAAGUGUGUUGCGUGCUCAACAAUAACAAGCAAUUGCAACACUUGUAAUAAUACGAAAAAGAGUUGUUUCAGUUGCAAAGACCCGUAUUACCUCUCAAAUCAAAAAUGUCUAUCUUGUGAAGCUGGAACUUACAAAAAGACAGAGACUACAUGCGACAAGUGUUACAAUGCUAUUUUGAAUUGUAAAAAUUGUGGAACGGCUUCUGUUGGCAAUGCGAAGUGCAACAAGUGUUAUCCCCCAUACAAUUUAAGUUCUAAUGGUAAAAGUUGUGACCAAUGUGCUUCAACUUCAUAUUAUGACAGAACAACAAAUCGCUGUGUGAAUAGAAAUACAACUUGUGCUGUACAAAUUGAAAGCACUAAAUGUGUUCAAUGCACUGAUGUUUAUUUUAUGUCAGAUGGGCUGUGUAAAAGUGCUCAAAACUGUAACGGCCCAUCGAAUCUGUCACCGGCGUCGUGUGAUUGUUCAGACCAAAUAUCGAUCAAUUCCGAUUGUGUGUCAAUUGCUGCAAAUUGCAAAUAUCAGAAAAUAAUAGCAUCAACUUCAACGUGUUUGGUGUGCACAGACAAUUUUACUUUAUCACAAAAUAUAUGUAACAAAAUUGAAUCGAAUGAAUUGUAUAGAAAUGGUGUUCAGUAUAGUUGUCCAGAUGGCCAAUAUCUCAGUAAUAACAAUGUAUGUGAAGUGUGUCCAAAUUCCGCUUCGAUUUGUAUUAAUUAUGGUAAUAAUAUCUACACAUUGAAAUGCACACAAAACACAAUUCAAAAAGUUGGUACAGAGCAAUGUAUAAUAGAUGAGAUGUGUUUGCAAUAUACAAAUGAUUACUGCUCUAAAUGCAAUUCGCUUUCGUCACAAAUUAUUAACUAUAAAUGCACAGCCUGCCAAACACCAAACUGCCAAUUUUGCGAAGGAAACGAGUGCAAGAGAUGUUCCAACGACUAUUUGAUGGUCAAAGAAAAUCAAUGCGUUUCUCAAAAUGAACAAAACUGUGACAAAUCAAGUGUAUCUGGCUGUGUGUUGUGUUCAAGUGGGUUCUAUCAAGUUGACUCUUUGAAUGUUGAAAGUAAAUUUGAUUUCUGUCUUCCUAUACCCUCAACGGUAUAUCCAAAUUGUAAACGACUUGCUUUUUCAACGAGUAAAUGUGUAGAAUGCAACGAUUUGUUCAAAUUGAAAGGUGGGGUGUGUAAGGAAUCAUUUGAAGAUGAUGCUCAUGUUGUUUUAUUAAAAACAAAACCCGAUUGUUUAGUGUCUGUUAUAUCCAAUUCGCAUAUUGAACAUUCACUCAAUUUGAAAGGAGUUACUGAGUCCAAAUGUCAAAUAAGAGACAACAAAGGAUGUCAACGGUGUUAUGAUGGAUAUUACUUUAAAAAUAACGAAUGUGUUGAAUGCACCAACGAUUGCAGUUCGUGUUAUUCACAGACAUAUUGUACUUCAUGUGAAAGUGGGUAUUAUCUCGAUUCAAAAAAUCGAUGUCAGAACCUUGGUGAUUUAACUGCUAGAUGCAAUGUCUCGUUACCAAAAGGUGGUGGAUGUGCUAUAUGUAGAGAUGGAUAUUAUAAAAUAUUUAAAGAUUGUAUAGUCUGUGACAUCUCAUGUAGUUCGUGUAUAAGCAACACUUCAUGUUCUGUGUGUGCGGAUGGCUAUUUCAUCAUUGAGUCUGAGAGUCGCUUGUGUCAACUUAACACAACAAAUACAAACUGUUUGAAAGUUGGGUAUUAUGGGUGUGAAGUCUGUGCCGAUGGAUAUUACUUAUCAAAUUCGCGUUGUACAAAAUGUGAGAAAUUAUGCACAUCCUGUAUUUCACAAAUUGUGUGUACAAAUUGUGUUUCAAAAGAUUACGUUUUAUAUGAAUCCAAGUGUUUAAAUUAUUCUGAAAUACCAAAUUGUAUUGAAGCUAAGAAUUCAAAAUGUGUGACAUGCAAGGGGUAUAACAAACCAUCUGAAAGUGGUGACAGUUGCAUUCAAACAACAAAUCUAGGAGCGGCAAUUGGUAUUCCAAUGUCAAUUCUACUAGUGUUGAUAAUAAUAGUUUUAUUGAUAAUAAUUACUCUUAUUGUAAUAUUAAAGAAAAAUCAGAAGAAAGAAAAGCUCAAAGUGUGCACAUACAAGAUGAGUCGCUCGAACAUCAAAAUGUCUAAAUUAAUAGAGAAUAUCGUUGUCAACAAAUUUAAAUUGAAGUUUGAUAUUGAUACCGACGAAUUUAUUCCAGUUGAUAAAGAGACAAGAGACUUAAUCUGCAUUGGAAACACAUCAAAACACAACAUGAAAGUCCAAUUCAGUGUCAUUGAAGGGUGUGAUUCUUACCAAAUUCGCACAAUGCCUUCCAUUGUUACAGUGAAAAGAGGCGAAGCUUGUGAAUUUGAGAUAUUUAUAAAGCCAUUGUGUUCAUGUAAAAUAGAAGAAAACGUGAUGGUCACUUCACUUGAUAUAACAACAGGAAUUGUCGUAAACGCUAAAAUAGGAAUUGACACUACAACACAACAGACGACCAAACUUAAUUUCAAAGAACUUGAUGUGAUCACCAAACUUGGCGAAGGAUCAUUUGGCAUUGUGUAUAUGGGAAAUUACAAAGGUAAUUUAGUAGCCAUAAAAAAGAUGAAACAAAUUGCAUCACCAAACACAUUAACAAAUGAAAUUACUGAUGAAAAGAAGUCUUUCGAUGAAUUUGAAAAUGAAGUGAACAUGUUGGACAAAUUCCGGAGUGAGUAUAUCGUCCACUUUUAUGGCGCAGUGUUCAUACCAAACAAAGUGUGUAUGGUCACCGAAUAUGCUCAGUUUGGGUCUUUAAGUGAUGUUUUGAAACUGAAAAAAUCAGCCGAAGUUGAAACAAAAAUGCGUGUUAAAAUUAUGUUAGAUGGGGCAAGAGGAAUUCAAUAUCUUCAUGAGAAUGGGAUAUUACACAGAGACAUCAAGUCAGACAACAUUCUCGUAUUUUUAUUGGAUUAUAACGAACGUAUCAAUGCUAAGCUGACUGAUUUUGGAUCAUGUAGAAAUGUCAACAUGUUGACAACAAACAUGACAUUCACAAAAGGUAUUGGAACACCAAGUUACAUGGCUCCUGAAAUAUUAAAAAUGGAACACUAUAAGAAACCAGCAGAUAUAUACUCGUUUGCGAUAACUAUGUACGAGUGCUUUGGGUGGUGCAAUGCUUUUUCAGAAAAGCAGUUCAAGUUCCCAUGGAAAAUUGCAGAGUUUGUGACACGAGGAGAACGACUUGAAAAAACGAGUUCAAUGUCUAAUGAACAGUUUGAUGUAAUUCAAAAAUGUUGGAGUACAAUUCCAACCGAAAGAAUUGAAAUAGGAGAAGUUGUCAACUUGAUAAACGGCUUGAUGAAUAAUUAA